CAGCCCUCUCUUCAUCCUCAAUCACCCCUCCCACCCAUCCCGGUUUUCUUCGCCUCUCGCUGUUCCGGGUAGGCUCCAUUUCUACCCUGCAAUACCGGAACUAUGUCGACCAUGUCUUUGGAGCCUCCCAUGUACCUCAGCUCUAUCCAGAACAACAUCCGAGCUCGGCCCAUCCCGUGGGAGGGAGCAGUUCGAGCUGGUAACAUCACCGAUGAUCACUUGAAAAAGAUCAAGGCAGUGGACAAAGUUCGCAAAGACCAGCGACGCCAGACUGUAGAGGGCGAUAUCUCUGGCUAUGUAAGCCUGCUCUCUGGAAGUGCCGACGCCAAGAGCGUUCUGGACUCCGCUUCCAGGAGGACCGAUAUCGUGCAGUAUAUCCUUGUGCUGGCAGCGGACUUGAUCAAUGACGUUCCAGCGCUCUCGUCUGCCCUAAUCGCGCAUCCCGAUCCCUACAAGCCAUUUCUCCCCCUCUUGCGUCAUUCUACGAAUGCUGAUGACCCUAUUCCGCUGCUCACUUCUACCUUCCUGACAAACCUUGUCUCUAUCAGCCUCGCGUCUUCGUCUAAGUCUGCGGCCCGAGAUGAAGAGGCACUUCCACAACUGUACACGUACCUCUCCAGUCUGACCCAAAACCAGGACAGUGGGUUGCAAGACAUCGGUGUCCAAGAGUUGUCGGCGUUGCUUCGUACAUCUAGGUCUCGGGAAAUCUUCUGGAAGCAGAGGGGGGAAACGGUGAACCCUUUGAUCGACAUUCUACGUGCGGCGACCGGAGGCAAAGAUACCAAUUCCAGCACCGUGGCUGGCAGUUCGCGGGCGAUCGAGCCAGGCCUCUCUGGCGGUGUUGGACUUCAACUUCUGUAUCGAGUCCUUCUUGUUAUUUGGCAACUGAGCUUCGAAGGCGCGCUAAUCGGGGAUGACCUUCAGGCGGACCACGAAUUCCUUCAGUUGUAUACUUACCUCCUGCGCCUCUCGCCGAAGGAGAAGACAACACGACUUCUUCUUGCAACUCUCAACAACCUCCUUUCUUCCAACCGUACAACCCUAUUGCCGGUCGCUGUGUUUGUCCGCCUCCCUGCCCUUCUUUCGAACCUCUCGGGCCGUCAUUUGACCGACCCCGAUCUUCUUGAGGAUCUGAAGACUCUCUCGGACAUGCUCGACGAGUACACUAAAACUCAAACUACGUUUGAUCAGUACGCGGCGGAGUUGCAGUCAGGACACCUCCGCUGGUCCCCACCCCACCGUAACCCUACGUUUUGGAAAGACAAUGCUCGGCGCAUCCUGGAUGAUGCUAACCUUCCCAAGAAGCUAGCAGAGAUUAUCUCUAAGGAGUGGGACAAUGACAAGCAGGUUCUCGCGAUUGCCUGCAACGAUGUGGGACAUCUGGUGAAGGAGCUGCCCGGACGACGAGCACAGCUGGAAAAGCUCGGGUUGAAGGCGCGAGUUAUGGAGCUGAUGGCCGACAAGGACGAGUCGGUACGUUGGGAGAGUCUGCGAGCAGUGGGCGAGUGGCUUCGGUACACCUUUGACGACUGAUUGCUCUUGGCGAGAUGCUUGUUACUUGUGAUUAUAUUACCCAGUGUCUGUUACUUCUGUGCUGCUUGCUUUGGACUUUGCCGAUAUAGAGAUAACCAGCUGCAUUGUAUUGAUUGCGCAGCGUACGUCGGCCAAGUGUCUUCAUUACUACUGCGCAUUUAGCGGUGUUGAUUUAGUGGGAUAAGUAAAUCAUCCUUGACGUUCUAGAAGGACAUGCCAUGUGCUGCAGUGGAAUGCCGUCGAGUACUAUGCAACCAACCCCACGGGUUGUAAUCGGCUCGUGGCGAAAGGAUCUAGCCUUUGUGAAACUUUGGAACCACAACCCCGCAAUUAGAAAUGGAUUUACGGAGUAUGCUAAACCGUUCGUUCUUAAGUUUGAGCGCUCCUUAAAAUUGAG